AUGUCCAUGAUCAACUCCAACUCGCUUCGUGCUCGGGAUGUGGAGCUCUUGAUAGAGGCGCUCAAGGGCAAGCUGAAAAACAAUGAAGAAGACUUGAUCACGUUCGUUUGCAUGCAGCUUGAGCAUGUGGUGGAAGCCCUGCGCAUGAGCACAGGAGACUGGUGCCAGGUGCCACGCGUGUCUAUGCAUGCUUCCAUUGUCAUAGCUUGCUUUACCUCAGCGAGAUUGACUGUGGAAAACGGCCCGGGUGCAGCGACGAUUGUGUUGCCUCCUGCCGAUUAUCUGGUCCGCCCGGGGCCUCUCAAUGUCAUUCUUCAUGAUACCUAUGACAGCUUGUCAAUUCCAAUGCUGAAGGAGCAUAUUCAUAUGGUGCGAGGCACGAAGCUUGUUUUUGAGCAGUUUGGAUCCACCUUCAAGUUGGUGCCCCUGCUGCAAGUCUGUUUGGCUGAGCUAGAGCCUUACUUGGAUGAGCUGGGAGACAAGAUGGAAGCCCACCUUGGAAGCUUGACCGUUGCUCGUGGUGGCAUUUUGGAAACUAUGGACUAA